AUGUACAAAGUCAGGGGCGUCUUCGACUAUGUGUCUAACCACGAAGACGACUUGGGCUUCAAGGUCGGCCAGAUCAUCUCCGUCACCGAGGAGGAGGGCGACGACUGGUACGUGGGCGAAUACACCGACGACAGCGGCACCAAGCACGAUGGCCUCUUCCCCAGGAACUUCGUCGAGCGCUACGAGCCAGAGCCGCCACCACGACCCAACCGAGCCUCGCGGCACAAGCCUUUAGAGCAGCCGCCUGCGCAGGAAGCCCCUCCCACGCCCCAAAUACCGCAGCAGGAGCCAGAGCCAGUGCUGCCUCAAGAACCAGAGCCGCCAAAGCCCCAGGCCCCUCCCAUUGAGGUGCCCAGCGCUGCCAAAACAACACCGCUGCCCAUGUCACCCAUGUCGCCUCGCUCUGCGUCGAGCGCAAAGGCUCCGGAAGCCCUGCCGCCGCAGUCGGAGUCGUCCAAGCCCGCUCCUCCAGCGAAGAAGGCUCCUCCACCUGUCGCACCCAAGAACAAUGCCUUCCGGGACCGCAUUGCUGCUUUCAACAAGCCCACUGAUCCUCCGCCCAAACCCUUCAAGCCCUCUGGCGGCGCUCCUAGUUUCAUCAAGAAGCCCUUUGUGGCUCCCCCGCCGAGCCGAAAUGCCUACGUUCCUCCCACUCGAGAGGCUCCACCCGUCAAGACCUACCGUCGCGAAGAGGAUCCUGAAAUUGCGGAGCGUCAGGCGCAGACCCAGAACGAUGCGGAGCGCGCGGGAUUGGCCGCGCAUGACAAGGCAAAUGCGAACGAGGGCGAAGAAGAGCCACAGCCCAAGAUUAGCCUGAAGGAACGCAUCGCUCUGCUGCAGAAACAGCAGCAGGAGCAGGCAGAAAGGGCCGCGGCUAUGCACAAGGAAAAGCCAAAGAGACCGCCUGUGGCCAAGAGGACUGAGUCCCAAGACGCACCCGCUGAAGACAGCGAGGACACUGGCCUCGAGCGCGUGACAAGUGGAGCUUCCAAGGGUCGUGCGUCCAUGGACCAGAAUCGCCCUCCGCGAACAUCGCACGAUAUCCGCUCUCCAGACGCGCUCAACCGUGACCGCGAUCUCCUCAGCGAGAACGACGCUGACCAAUCAGCAGCUGGAGAUACUGAAGAUGCUGGAGGAGAAUCCACAAGUGUCGAAGAGGACCAGGACCGACCAAAGAGCAGGCACCCGCCGCCGCCACCUCCCAGAGCACCCACUGCCCCAACGGAAGAGCCCAACGUUGGUGAUGAGCAAGACGUGCCCGAAGAAGAGGAGGAGGAAGAGGAAGACGAGGAGACUGCCGAGCUGAGACGGAAGGAGGAGUUACGCGAGCGCAUGAGGAGAUUGGGCGGUGGCAUUCCCGGCAUGCCCGGUAUGCCUGGUAUGUUCGGAGGUGGUAUGCCCAUGGGCGGUGGUCUUCCACCGAAGAAGAAGAAAUCGACCACCGAGAAAAGGCCCGAAGAGACUGAGGAGUACAGCAUGCCUCAGCAACGAGUUCCUAUGUUUGGUAUGCCUGGUAUGAUGCCCGUCCGAAGCCCAGAACCUGAAGACCGCACGCUUUCCGUCGAGAAGGAGGAUGAAACUCCGCACCCCAUCACUGGCAAUCACUCAGCGAGUGAAGUGCCAGACGUAGAGGAGGUCGCGUCUCAGCCAGCCCGGCCAACUACUGGCGAUGGUCCUCCGCCUGUUCCAACAGACCGACGUCCUGCUCCCCCUCCUGUACCAUCGGCCUCUCGACCGGUACCGCCACCUCCUCCGCAGGUUCUCUCUCCUGGGCCCGGAUCUGAGUCUGGUGAUGAGAUGACCGACACUGCCCCUACCCCGUCUGCCCCUUCCCAGCCAUCCAAUAGGCGGGCUUCGUAUUUCGCUUCUGGCGAGCCAGCUCAGGAUCUGGCAGAAAGACGCGUGCCUCCCAUUCCGUCAGCGGGUCCUACAUCGCCUACAAUGAGCCGUCCGCCUCCGCCACCUCCACCAACGCAGGCACCUCCAUCGCGCCAUGAAGAUCUUCCGAUUCGCAAACUGGACCGUAACGAGGGCGAGACUGACUACGAAGGUGACUAUGACACCGACAUGGCGCCCGAGGCAACUCACAAGGACGCCUUGAAGUCACAUGCUCGCGAUUCCAGCGUAGAAGACAAUACCUUGACGGACGAGCCAACUUCAGCACGCUCGCCCACUAUUCCUCAGGGAAUGCCGCCUCUGCCUCCUACUGCACCUCGUGCAGUUCCGCCUCCACCACCUCAACAGGGGCCCAGUCGGCCAUCAACAGAUGCCCCCCGUGGUGCACCGCCUCUCCCACCGGUACCACCACCGACUCGCAGCGCCCCUAUGGACGAUGACGAUGAAGAAUAUGACCCUUUCAAGUACACUGGCCCACCCCUUCCGCAAGCCGCGGCGCCUCCAGCUCCUCGAGCAGUGCCACCGCCCCCACAAAGCCAGCCUCCUCCCCCGCAGAAUCGCCCACCACCACCCAUGCCACCAUCGAUGCCUCCUGUACCACAUCGUCAAGCGGGUGAAUCAGAUGAAGAGGAUGAUUUGUACUCUUCCCCGCCGGCUCGGAAGUCUCACGAUAGGCCACCGCCUCCACCACCUCAGGCUCCUCCACACCAGCAUGCACCUCCGCCUCUUCCACCUCUACAAGCUCCGCCUCCUCCAGCUCAAGAAAGAAUGGUCCCGCCGCCACCGCAGGAACGCCCAGUUUCUAUGUUCUCGCCAGUCGCAACGGAGGCACCGCCUCGGAUGCUGAACACUCGGAAGUCGCUUGAUGCAGCCCAAAUGCUGACGACUCGAUCUUCCAUGGAUCAGCCUCGCCCGGCAACGAAUCAAGGUUUCAUUGCAAACGAUAUCGAUUUGGGGAUGUCGUCGCAUUGGUGGACCCAGCCCAAGCUACUUCCCCCAUCACUCCAAGCUCGCAAAGACGUCCUGGUAGACAUGAAGGAGUCGCAAUCAGGCAACACUGUGGAGAAACUCAUCAAAGUUCUUUACCUUGACUACUCACAAACGAUCAUUUCCGCCCGCUUCGAGUCCACCAACGUCUCCGACGUGGAUCUUGAACAGCGCAAUGAGCCGCCGCCUCCAAGCCAGCGUCCUGAUCAGCUGGAGAACGCGUACGAGCAGUUUGGUCGCACGAUAGCCAAGACUAUUGAGUCGAAGCAGAACACUGUCGUAGGCAAUGGCACGCCACAGGGACUGAUUGAGGAGCUGUUUAAGCCCUUCAAUGACGCACUGCCCCCAAUUUCAACUCGCUCCUACGGCGCGCUUGUGUACGCCAACCUAGCGAACGCGUCAACCCAAGUAUAUGAUGAGAUUCGCCCUGGUGACAUCAUCAGCUUCCGCAAUGCAAAGUUCCAGGGUAAGACUGGGCCAAUGCAUGCUAAGUACGCGAUGGAUGUUGGGAAGCCGGAUCACGUCGGUGUUGUUGUCGAGUGGGAUGGGAGUAAGAAGAAGGUAAGGGCUUGGGAGCAGGGACGUGAGCACAAGAAGGUCAAGCCAGAGAGCUUUAAGAUGGGAGAUUUGAGAUCAGGUGAAGUGAGGGUGAAGAGCGAGGAAUUUCUUGCGCGUCUGUGUAUCCUAGCUGGCACCCUCCAAAACUUUCCAACGUACUCACCAUACCACACCCUGAUACCUACAUCACAUCAAACACUUGCCAACAUGCCCUUCACCUUCGACCCCGAGGUCGACUAUGCACCCGCGCCCUCGCCGCCAACGUCCGCAGCCCACAUGGGGCCAUCUUGGAACGCCGUAUGGCGUAUCGCCAUCUCCAACCCCGACAAGGUGGCCGCCUUGGCCGAGGCCAAGGGCAUGAUCAAGGAGAAGCUCCGGUGGGAGAGAGCGGUUGCGGCGGAGAAGAGGGAGAGGAUGAGGGUGGGGGUUUCGGCCUGGAAGCUCGCCCGGGAGCUGGAUGAGUGGAAGCCGGUCUUCGGACAGUAG